CUCUCCGACUUUUGUACCAAAAAAUCGUCCCCUGCCUCCGCCUUUUCUAUCUCCUUCUCUCUCCUCCUUGGAUCUUUACGGCUGCGCUUUCCAUUUUUGAUCCGUCUUCAAAAUUUUUAUUCUUUACUACAAAUUAGGGUUUUAUAAUUACCGCCCUUUCUUUUUAUCUCGAAUCUUGAGCUCUGCUUCUCUCCUGUCUCUCUGUCUAGGGUUUUUACAGAUCUAGUAUUCGUUCUUCAGCUCUUCCUUUUUAGCUCAGAGCUUCUUCUACAUCCAUCUGUAUAUUUCUCUUUCUCCCUCUACCUAUACAGACAAAUACAAGUAUAUUUACACCUACUUGUUCUGUACGCCACCGGCGCCCACGGAUUUGAAUAUGUUUUGGAAGCUUACGGCUCUUUCUGCUUCUUCUCCUGUUGAAUCAGUGUUAGACAAGGAAAACUUCACGUUGGAAGAGCUUUUGGACGAAGAAGAGAUAAUCCAAGAAUGCAAAGCGCUAAACAGUCGGCUUAUAAAUUUUUUGAGAGAUAGAGCCCAGGUUGAGCAGUUGCUGCGGUAUGUUAUUGAAGAGCCUCCGGAAGAUGCUGACAGUAAGCGAACAUUCAAGUUCCCAUUCAUUGCUUGUGAGAUUUUUACAUGCGAAAUUGACGUUAUUUUAAAGACUCUGGUGGAGGAAGAAGAGUUGAUGGAUUUGCUCUUCUCGUUCCUGGAACCAAAUCGUCCUCAUAGUGCUUUGCUUGCUGGGUAUUUUAGCAAGGUUGUAAUUUGCCUCAUGUUGCGCAAGACUGUACCACUUAUGAAUUAUGUUCAGGCUCAUCAGGAUGUCUUCCGCCAGCUGGUUGAUUUGAUUGGCAUAACAUCCAUAAUGGAGGUUUUGGUACGACUUGUUGGCGCUGAUGAUCACAUCUACCCUAACUCCAUGGAUGUGAUGCAAUGGCUGGCAGACAGCAAUUUAUUGGAAAUGAUUGUCGAUAAAUUGAGUCCCUCUAGUCCUCCUGAGGUACACGCAAAUGCAGCUGAAACCCUUUGUGCUAUAACCAGAAAUGCACCGUCACCUUUGGCCACAAAAUUAUGUAGCCCAAGUUAUGUUGCAAGGAUUUUUAGUCAUGCACUUGAAGACUCGCAUUCAAAAUCAGCUCUUGUUCACUCACUGUCCGUCUGUAUAUCUUUACUGGACCCAAAAAGAUCAAUUCCGUCUCCUUUGACGUACUUAAUUCGAAGUCAGCAUGUAUUCGAGUCACCUAUACACGUAAAUCCUGAUACAGUUGGAGCUAUGCUGCCAAAACUUGUGGACCUGCUGAUGUUGUUAAAUGUGUCGUCUGAUGAGAAGAUCUUACCCACAACAUAUGGUGAAUUAAGACCACCUCUUGGGAAACAUCGCUUAAAGAUUGUAGAAUUCAUUGCUGUGUUACUGAAAACUGGAAAUGAAGUUGCAGAGAAGGAAUUGGUGAGCUCUGGGACUAUUAAAAGAAUCCUUGACCUCUUUUUUGAGUAUCCCUUCAACAAUGCAUUGCAUCAUCAUGCAGAGAGUAUAAUUUAUUCAUGUCUGGAUAGCAAAAGCAAUGCAAUAAUUGACCAUCUUUUCCAAGAAUGUAAUUUGAUUGGAAGAUUUCUUCAAGCGGAUAAGUUUCCUACUGUCACUGGUGAUCUUAGUCUGCCUAGUGUACCUGCUGGUGGAAGACAGGCUCCUCGGGCAGGAUUUAUUGGACACAUAACACGCAUAUCUAAUAAAAUUGUACAAUUGGGAAGCAACGAGUCAUCCAUUGGAACACAUCUUCAGGAGAAUAACGAGUGGAAUGAGUGGCAGUCUUCAGUCUUGCAGGAGCGCAACAUAGUUGAAAAUGUGUACCGAUGGGCUUGCGGCCGGCCGACUGCAUUGCAAGACAGGACAAGGGAUAGUGAUGAGGAAGAUGUUCAUGGCAGGGAUUAUGAUGUUGCAGCAUUAGCAAAUAAUCUCAGCCAAGCAUUCAGAUAUACCAUAUAUGAUAAUGAUGAUGCUGAAGAGGGCCAUGGAGCUCUUGAUCGAGAUGACGAGGAUGUCUACUUUGAUGAUGAAUCUGCUGAAGUUGUGAUAUCGUCCCUGAGACUGGGCGAUGACCAGGGAAGUCUGUUCACAAAUUCCAACUGGUUUGCUUUCCAAGAUGAUAGAGCUGGUGAUGCACCUAUGAGCACCUCAGCAACUGAGAUGAUGGAUGAGAUUAACUUGAAUGGAACAUCCAAUUGUGGUAACAGCAGUAGUGAUGAUGAAGUGGUGGUUGGAGAGGACGAUGAAUUGGCUGAUGGUAAAAAUUCUGCAAGUGGUACAUCCAGUUCUAGUAAUGGUAUCCUCAAUGGGUUUAGUGGAGAAAAUUCGGUAAAUGAGGGGGAUGAGAAGGAGAAGACAGGUGCUUCUGGUGACAUGGGUUUCUUCCGAUUUGAGUCACCAGACAAUGACGAUCUCUUUGGUGACAGGCCAAUACCUGACUGGGUGGCAUGGGGUGAGGCAUCAGAUUUCCAAGUUAGUGGAUCAAGUGUAAACCCUUUUGAUGAUCAGAGCAACUCUGACAUUGUCCCUAAAACAGUGGAGCCAGUGGUGACCCCCGUUAGUUCAUCUUCAAGUGGAGACUGUGUAUCCAACGGUACUACCUCCCCUUCUGCAGAUUCUAGCGGCAGUUCAUCUGGAUCUGAUUCAAGUCAAAAGGCCGUGUCAGUACCCUCUUUGUUUGAAGAGGAUGUUGAAUUUGUAGGUGUAGAGUUAGAAGGGACAGAGAAGGCAAUGGAGCAGGCUCUCAAGGAGGGGAUUGUUGGGGAAGCAGGUCCAUUGAAGAGGACCAUAGCUCCCAAAGUGCCAGAAAAGGAGAAUCCAGAUGAUGAUGGAGUUGGUGUAAAGGAAUAUAACGAUGCAAACUACUGGAGAGUUGAUCAAGAGGUUGCAGUGUUGGAGUAACUCUGGCGUGAUCUCUUUGUGUGGAAAGUUUGAAUCUGAGAGCUGAUGGUUGGGGUUGGGGAUCCCAUACCUAGAUUGGGGUUGGUUUCUUAUGCUGCGGGAUAUGAUGUACAGUAUAUUUUUGUUUCAACUGAGAAUUAUGACGCUAGGCUACAUAGUUAUUAGUGAUUAUUUAUUGUUAUAUUUCUUGUCUAUUUCAAUUUCGGUUGAAUAUUUCUGAGUUUUAUUCUCAUCAUAAUUUUGCGGAAUUUACUCUGGCGGCAGCUAAGCGUCCAGUCAUUUGCCAAUCAGCCGCCGUGUAAUAUGGACGUGGAAUUUUAUUUGUCGACCUGCUCUUUGCAUCCU